AGCAUGUACCUAUACUCUCAUAAGUAAGCAGCUUUACUUCCUCCACCCCCUUAGUUUUUCUCCUCUGUACACCAGUAAGCACUAACGAUUCCCGUCAUGAUAUUCUUUACAAGGAAGCCUAAACCAUCUGCGCUUCCUCUCGGAUGGCCAUCCCCAUUCCACAACAAGUGUAGUCAACGAGACUGCCACCAUCCUAAUAACCCGCAAACCGUCAAAGGUGUUUACCAAUGUAGCGGCAUUCCUGGAGGUUUCUACUGCGAGGGUACAUACAAGAUCGCAUCCACCCGAGCGCGUGAAACAGAGCACUAUCUGCAAGAAAUGGACAUGGCUCGUAGAUCGGCUGAAGAGGAACAGAGAAAGCGCACAACAUCGGAGAUGAGGCGGCCUGAGAGACGUUCUGAGCUCGGGUCGCGACGGGGAGGGACGAACCUGUCUAUCAGGAGAAUGCCAGAUGAGCGGGACUUCCGACCCGGUUUUGGGCAAGCUCCUCGCAUUACGAGAGGCACGGAAAACAGGAGGCCGCAAACGGGUGCACCAUAUUCAAGUCAUCGCCCUUCACAAUCCGAAAUAGAGUCGGAGUUCAAGACUGACCAAAUUCUGAUGCAUCUCUAUCCCGAACGAGAGAUCCGACCAAGAUGGAUAUAGUAAUGAACACACUGUACGAGUCUCGCAUUUUAUGUAUUUUUGGCCCUUUCAAAGCCAGAAUGAUGAUUAUAUGAUUCCUGACACGAUAUUACUUACAUACGUCCUAUCAGGACACUACACGUAUUUUAUUCCACCAUUACUUCGUGUCACUUAUACUUCAUGAACCACAAGAUAAACUAAAUGACUAUUUGAUCAAGAUGCACUCUGGAC